GCCGGCGAAAAGCGUGUGGAUCUCACGUACGAUCAAUAUUAACUCUAAGUUAUAGAGUAAUCUCCUGUUCGGCGGAUUCAAGUCCGAUGGAGUUAGCAGCAGCAUAGCUUUGCAGGGAGCUUUUAUUGCCAAGGGUGGCGUGGCUAAAAUUUGCAAACGGGUGAAGAUGAGCACUGGGCCCUCGAUGCUCCAUGUUGCCUCAUCUAGAGCAUCCGCUGGUUCCCACAUCUUCACACCUUCUCCGGCCAGUUCUCCUUAUCCCACCUUCUCUCAACACCAGAAAUCUUCUGAAGACAGUCUUCUUCUUUCUGGCUCCCAAGACGACAACAACAACAUCAUCAUGAAGCUUCCGACCUUCCUGCUGCUGGCCUUCGCGCCGCUGCCUCUAUUGGCCGAACUCAACGCUUAUGAGAUUCUCAUGUUUUUCGACAUGUACCGCUCUGAUUAUGACCAGAACGGAUCCGACUGCAAGAUAGCCAAAGCUUGCAAAGACUGCAACUUUGAAGAAUUUGUUCUCCACGUCGACCGUUUGAAAACCCUGACUGGUGUCAGUGGUCGCAUUUCAGACAUGAUGAAUCCCGAAAUUGGAGAGAUCGAGGGAUGGGGAGAAAGAGACGACCUUGUCUACGACGCAAAAAAGCUCCUUGGAGGUCUCUGGCGCGACGAAGAUGACAGCGCGAGACCAGGACACCCCACCGUUAUUGAGCGCUUGGUUGACAGGAUGACGGUGCUUCGCGAGACGGCGGAGCCUAGCCGACUGGAAAAGAUCACGACUGCCAUGGAGUAUGCCCACUACAGCCGGCGCAGAGCUCAGGCGGACGAUAUGAUCACGUUCGUUGAUGGUCGCCUCUCGAGCAAGAGACUGGGGACAUCCAAGACGCAGACCAUCUCUUUUCUCGGUGGUCAAUUCGACGAAUUUGACUCUCAGGCCACGAUCGAGUCCGUGCAGAAGACUAAGAGAGGAGCCAUGCGAGACGAGAUCGUGGCUAUUGCGAGGGACAUCAACAGCGGCUCGGUUUCUUCUACCUCCAUGAGGGAUGUGAGGCGCCUGAGCCAUCUUGCCAAGCGGGACUUUGGAGAGGGCAUGGCUGUCAUGGCCCUACAGCGAGGUCUAGACACAUUGAAGAUGCCUGCCAGAAAGAAGUGUUAACCCAGAGGCAGAUUUAUGUACGUAAUGAAUCUCUUUUCCGGAAACGUCGAAGUUUCGGGGGUUUGAGGUGAAGAAUUAUGCAUGGCAGUCUGGCAGACGGGAAAAUUGAACAUUGGAGGUAUGGGUCAUCAGAGGUGGAUCUAAACGUGUUGGGACCUUACAUUAGUCUCGCAUCUCGCUUACAGUGGAUGCAGUCAUCCUGUACAAUGGAAGAAACCUAUCACACGCA